GUUCACGAAACGAGAAUUAUCAGACUAAAAAACGGAAACUGUUGGUUCCUUCAUCGAUUUUCCAACCUAUUCGAUAUCAUCCAUUGGAGCUGCUUCGCAUUCUUUACGCGGUUGCAGCUUGAAUGCUCGACUAGCCAGUCCCUUCCCAUGGCGAUCGGAGUGCUUUUGCUGGCUUUCUUUGUGUCCUUUCUCUGCUCGGAAUCAAGAUAUAUCGCUUACAACACUUCGCAGGGGAUUGUUCCCGGAAAAAUUAAUGUUCAUUUGGUUCCUCACACACACGAUGACGUUGGGUGGUUGAAGACAAUCGACCAAUACUAUGUCGGCUCUAACAAUUCCAUUCAGGUGGCUUGUGUUCAGAACGUAUUGGAUUCUGUAGUUCCGGCAUUGCUGGCUGAUAAGAACCGAAAAUUCAUUUACGUUGAAAUUGCAUUUUUCCAGCGUUGGUGGAGAGAUCAGAGCGAGGCAGUCAAGAGUACAGUCAAGCAGCUAGUGAGCUCGGCUCAAUUGGAGUUUAUAAAUGGAGGCAUGUGCAUGCAUGACGAGGCAGCACCGCAUUACAUUGACAUGAUUGAUCAGACAACUAUGGGGCAUCGUUUUAUCAAGCAAGAGUUUGGUGUGACCCCCAGAAUUGGCUGGCAGAUUGAUCCCUUUGGACAUUCUGCUGUGCAAGCUUACUUGUUGGGGGCAGAGGUUGGAUUUGACUCCCUUUUCUUUGCUCGGAUUGAUUACCAAGAUAGAGAUAAAAGGAAAAAUGAGAAAAGUCUUGAGUUCAUCUGGCGGGGUUCGAAGACACUAGGGUCAUCUGCACAGAUUUUUGCUGGUGCAUUCCAUCGGGGGAAUUAUGAACCUCCAUCUGGUUUCUACUUUGAAGUUAAUGAUGAUUCUCCUAUUGUUCAGGAUGACAUAAGUUUGUUCGAUUACAACGUUGAAGAGCGUGUUAAUGACUUUGUAGCUGCUGCACUCUCACAGGCUAAUGUAACUCGCACAAAUCAUAUAAUGUGGACCAUGGGGACAGAUUUCAAGUAUCAAUAUGCGCACACAUGGUUCAGAAAUAUGGACAAGCUUAUUCAUUAUGUCAAUGAGGAUGGGCGUGUUAAUGCGCUCUAUUCUACCCCAUCAAUUUACACUGAUGCAAAACAUGCUACAAGUGAAUCCUGGCCAGUCAAGACUGAUGACUUCUUCCCAUAUGCAGAUCGUGCAAAUGCUUACUGGACUGGGUACUUUACAAGUAGGCCAGCUUUGAAACGAUAUGUCAGACUGCUGAGUGGUUAUUAUUUGGCUGCAAGGCAAUUGGAAUUUUUUAAGGGGAGGAAUAAUUUGAGGCCCAACACAGAUACUUUGGCUGAUGCUUUGGCUGUUGCUCAACACCAUGAUGCAGUUAGUGGAACAGAGAAGCAGCAUGUUGCUAAUGAUUAUGCAAAACGGCUUUCAAUAGGCUAUGUAGAGGCGGAGGAGAUUGUGGGGUCUUCACUUGCAUACUUGGUAGAGUCAUCAAAUACUGCACGCAGGAAGCCAAUGACCAAGUUUGAACAGUGUUCUCUUUUGAAUAUAAGCUACUGCCCCCCAUCAGAAAUGGAUUUCUCUCGUGGGAAAAGCUUGGUUGUUGUUGUCUACAAUUCUCUUGGUUGGAAGAGGGAAGAUGUGGUUCGAAUUCCUGUUAUCAGUGAAUCAGUUACUGUUCAGGAUUCAAGCGGAAAAGUAAUUGAAUCACAGCUGUUACCUCUUGCUAAUGUUUCUGUGGGCAUAAGAAAUUACCAUGUUAAGGCAUACUUGGGUAAAUCCCCCGGCAUUACACCCAAGUAUUGGCUCACAUUCUUGGCAUCUGUUCCACCUCUUGGUUUCAGUACCUUCAUUGUCUCAGAAGCAAAACAGGCAGGUUCUAGUGCAAUUGCAUCAACGUUACACACAUCAGCAGGUAGUGAAAAUGGUACAAUAGAAGUCGGACAAGGAAAUUUAAAGCUUAUUUAUUCUAUUGACGAAGGCAAACUUACUCAGUAUAUUAAUAGCAGAAGCUCGGUCAAAGCAUCUUUGCAUCAGUCGUACAGUUUUUACACUGGAAGCAAUGGAACUGAUAAAGAUCCUCAGGCCUCUGGAGCAUAUAUCUUCCGUCCAAAUGUUACAUUUCCCAUAAGUUCCAAAGGAAAGGAUACUUUAACUGUUCUCCGGGGACCAAUAUUGGAUGAAGUACAUCAACGCAUCAAUCCAUGGAUAUAUCAGGUCACCAGGGUGUACAAGGCAAAGGAACAUGCUGAAGUCGAAUUCAGUGUUGGCCCUAUUCCUGUUGAUGAUGGAAUAGGGAAAGAAAUUAUAACCCAAAUCACUACUACCAUGGAUUCCAACAAGACAUUCUAUACAGAUUCUAAUGGGCGCGAUUUCAUUAAAAGGAUUCGUGAUUCUAGAACAGAUUGGGACCUACAAGUGAACCAACCCAUUGCUGGAAAUUAUUACCCAAUUAAUCUUGGAAUUUACAUGGUAGAUAAUAGGACUGAGUUCUCAGUAUUGGUUGAUCGAUCAGUGGGUGGAUCCAGUGUGGUGGAUGGACAAGUAGAACUGAUGCUUCAUAGGAGGUUGCUUCAUGAUGAUUCUAGAGGUGUUGCAGAGUCUUUGAAUGAACAGGUCUGCAUCCUGGAUGAAUGCACAGGACUAAUUAUCCAAGGGAAUUUUUAUCUAAGAAUUGACCCUUUGGGUGAGGGUGCUAAGUGGCGUCGUUCAGCUGGCCAAGAAAUAUAUUCUCCAUUUCUCUUAGCCUUCACAGAGCAGGUUGAAGGUAACUGGACAAGUUCUCAUGUAUCAACCUUUUCAGGAGUGGAUCCCUCCUACAAUUUACCCGAUAAUGUUGCACUUUUAACUCUCCAGGAGCUUGAAGAUGGAAACGUUCUCCUUCGGUUGGCACAUCUAUAUGAGAUGGGAGAGGAUAAGGACCUUGCAGUGAUGGCAAGCGUGGAUCUCAAAAAGCUGUUCCCUGAAAAGAAGAUCAGUAAGUUAGUGGAGAGGAACUUGUCCGCUAGUCAAGAAAGAGCCGAAAUGGAGAAGAAGAGACUAGUUUGGAAUGUUGAAGGUACUUCAGCGGAUGAACCCAAGGCAACAAGGGGAGAGUCUGUCGAUCCUGCAAAGCUAGUGGUGGAGCUGAGUCCCAUGGAAAUCCGCACCUUCAUCAUCACGUUUGAUUACAUUUUCCUCCCUAUGGUUGAUUUCUGAAAGGCUUAAAAAUGCUUUGUUGAUUCCUGACAAAUUCCAAGAAAUGCUACUAUUUUUACGUGUAGAAGCACAGUUCUUGGUGAUUCCUAAUUCCCUCCCCUCCUGUUGCGAUUCCUGAGUAAUGUUUGUUCACUCAUGUGCCCAGAAGAAACUUGACAUCGUUAAUUGCUCUAUGGAACUGAAUUGACAAUCUUUACUGCUCAAAAUGUUAUAACAUUUCAAUCUUCAAAUAUCAU